AAGUGAGGAAGACCGCUGCUGUUUGUGUGGCCAAGCUUCAUGAUAUCAACGCCCAGCUGGUAGAAGACCAAGGCUUCCUGGACACCCUGAAGGACCUGAUCUCUGAUUCCAAUCCAAUGGUUGUAGCAAACGCAGUUGCUGCUCUGUCUGAGAUCGCAGAGUCUCAUCCUAACAGCAACCUUCUGGACUUGAAUCCUCAGACCAUUAACAAGCUUAUGACAGCUCUUAAUGAAUGCACAGAGUGGGGUCAGAUCUUCAUCCUCGACUGCCUGGCCAACUACACACCUCGUGAUGACAGAGAGUCACAGAGUAUCUGCGAGCGUGUAACGCCAAGACUGUCCCACGCUAACUCUGCUGUAGUGCUGUCUGCCGUGAAGGUUCUGAUGAAGUUUAUGGAGAUGCUUCCUAAGGAUCUAGACUAUUAUGGCACACUUUUGAAGAAACUUGCUCCUCCUUUAGUCACACUGCUCUCAGCUGAGCCCGAACUGCAGUAUGUCGCCCUCAGGAACAUUAACCUUAUCGUACAGAAACGCCCUGAAAUCCUGAAGCAUGAGAUGAAGGUUUUCUUCGUGAAAUACAAUGACCCGAUCUACGUCAAACUGGAGAAGCUGGACAUCAUGAUCCGCCUGGCGUCUCAGGCCAACAUCGCUCAGGUGCUGGCUGAGCUGAAGGAAUACGCCACAGAGGUGGAUGUAGACUUUGUGCGUAAGGCUGUUCGAGCCAUCGGCCGCUGUGCUAUUAAAGUCGAGCAAUCAGCAGAGCGUUGUGUCAGCACACUGCUUGAUCUCAUUCAGACCAAGGUUAAUUAUGUGGUGCAGGAAGCUAUUGUGGUCAUCAAGGAUAUCUUCCGCAAGUACCCCAACAAGUAUGAAAGUGUGAUUGCCACCCUGUGUGAGAACCUGGACUCUUUGGAUGAGCCUGAGGCACGGGCGGCCAUGAUCUGGAUUGUGGGAGAGUACGCAGAGAGGAUUGACAAUGCUGAUGAGUUGCUGGAAAGCUUCCUGGAAGGUUUUCAUGAUGAGAGCACACAGGUGCAGCUGCAGUUGCUGACAGCCAUUGUGAAGCUGUUCCUGAAGAAGCCCACUGAGACCCAGGAGCUGGUACAACAAGUGUUGAGUCUCGCCACGCAGGAUUCGGAUAACCCUGACCUGCGUGAUCGCGGCUACAUCUACUGGCGCCUACUCUCCACAGACCCCGUGGCGGCUAAGGAGGUGGUAUUGGCCGAGAAGCCUCUGAUCUCUGAGGAGACGGACCUGAUUGAGCCCACCCUGCUAGAGGAGCUCAUCUGCCAUAUCGGUACACUGGCUUCUGUCUACCACAAACCCCCCAGCGCCUUUGUGGAGGGCAGCCGCGGCGUUCAGCAUAAGAGACUUCAUGCUCGUGCUGGCUCUGGGGAGAGUGCUGAGAACUCGGAUGUUGGCCAGACCGGACCUUCUGAAGCACCACCCGCUGUCAUUCCAUCACAAGGUGAUCUCCUAGGCGACCUGCUGAACCUGGAUCUGGCCCCGCCCACUACCACUAUCCCAUCUGUUCAGCCCUCUAUGCAGAUGGGAGCCAUGGACCUCCUGGGAGGCGGUCUGGAUAGUCUGAUGGGUGAUGAAUCGGAUACGCUGGGAGGAGAUCUUGGCGGAAGUCCUUCGAUGGGCGCAGGUCUGGGAGUUGCCCCAGCAGCCAUGCCUGCGACUCUGGGUGGCGCUCCUGCUGUCGGAGGUGGAUUAGGAGACCUCUUUGACCUCGGCGGAGGUGUUGGCAUGCCAAGUGGAUCCUAUGUCGCUCCUAAAACUGUGUGGUUACCGGCAAUGAAAGCUAAAGGGCUGGAGAUUUCUGGGACGUUUGCCCGGCGCAGCGGGGUCAUCCAGAUGGAUUUGUCUCUUACCAACAAAGCCAUGAGCGUUAUGAUUGACUUUGCUAUACAGUUCAACAAGAACAGUUUUGGUCUAUCACCUGCUGGUCCUCUGCAGAUUCUCACUCCUCUGAGCCCUAAUCAGACUAUUGAUGUCAGCCUGCCUCUCAGUACAGUCGGCCCCAUCAUGAAAAUGGAACCUCUUAACAACCUACAGGUAGCUGUGAAGAAUAACAUUGACGUAUUCUACUUCAGUUGCCAGUAUCCCCUCAGCCUGCUUUUCGUAGAGGAUGGAAAGAUGGACCGUCAGGUGUUCCUGGCCACCUGGAAAGACAUUCCAAGUGAAAACGAGUCCCAGUUCCAAAUUAGCUCUAACGCUAACCUCAACUCAGACGCAGCCAGCAACAAGCUGCAGGGCAUUAAUAUCUUCACCAUAGCCAAGAGAACCGUAGAGGGACAGGACAUGCUGUACCAGUCUGUCAAACUCACCAACGGCAUCUGGGUGCUGGCUGAACUGCGCAUGCAGACCGUCAACCCCAACUACACGCUGUCUGUAAAGUGCAGAGCGCCCGAGGUCUCUCAGUUUGUGUACCAGUGCUAUGAGUUGGUGCUGAGGAACUGAGACGGACGGCACGCCGAAGAGGAUGCCAGCUGGUGGGCGUUGUUGGGUGAUGGGAUGAAUGGCAUCCUUACUGGACCAGUCAGAGAAACCGGCUGUCUUGCGUAACCCUCAGACUGUGCUUUCAGCAUUGACGGAGUCCCAUAGAUUCAUUCUUUGUCCAUUCCCUUCGCCCCUCUUUCCUUCCCAUUUCCUUCCUCCAGUUAUGAAAAUUCAUUAAAAAAUGAAUUAGGUCUCUCUCCUAAGAUAUAAGAUUCUCUAAAUUAUAAGAAUACCAUCUUUAUUCCAAGUGUUUACAGGUGUUUUUCUCAGCCAAUUCCAUUUGCCUGUAGUACUUCAUUCUUUUCGUUUGUAUUUUUAUUCUUUUCUUCAAAGAGGGCAAACAUCUUGUGCAGAAGAUCAAAGCAGUGUAAAGGCAGUAGAAUUUAUUUCACCAUCCAUCCCGUGGCAGAAAGCUGCUCAACUGAACUGUUUUUAAUUUGGUCUUUAUUAUCAGAGCAUGGGUUUCUAGGUUUAUCGUGAAGAUGUGUAGUCACACUUUAGAUGGUCAUUUAUUUAUUUUCUUUUUUAGUGAAAACCUUUGUAUCCCCUUGUCAUAGGGAAUGUCUGUCUCCAUUUCUUUUAAGGGAAUGCUGUGUGUUUCUCCAGAAGCACUACAUUGUUGCCGAGUUAAAAAUAUCUCUGUAAUUGGUUUGUCAUUUUUUGGUAUUAAGCUGGGUUAAUAUUAUUUACUACUGUCAUUGUGUGUGCUGUGUAUCAGUGUGUGUUUUGUGUGGAAUGUAACAUUUCUGCAUGUUCUGUUUCCUUUUCUGUCCUCCCUCGUUCCCUGUUUGAGAGCCAGUGUCUUAGCAGUGUGUCUGAUGUUUCCGGUAAGAUAAACUGCUCUGAAUGAGACGCAUAAUCAGUCUGCAAUAAAUUGUUGAUUUCUUAAUGUUUUGAGUAUUGCACAUGUCAUGCUGACAAGAUGCAUCAGAAGUCCCUUGCAUUCCCAUUCUUCACAUGCAGAGGUGUGACUGAAACUGAUCCGUGUUAUAAUAGAUUUUCUUUUAAUCCGUGUUUUGCGGGUUAAAUUUAUGAUGAAUUUAAAAUGAGCAGUUUUGGUUCUGUAUGAACGCUCAACCUUAAUAUAAAAUGUAGAUCACAAACACUGCUGACCUGACAUGCUACAUUGUAUGUGUGUACAUUUAGAGGUUUCAAAAUUGAAUCGCUUAUUUUAUUUUUAAUCACAUCAGUUCUUUCAUUGAUUCUGUAUGAAUGUGUAUUUGUGUACUUUGUGGAUUUAGACAUGUAGGGAUGAUUACAAGGAAAUGUCCAGCAAUGGAGAAACAUGCUUUACUUUUUGUUGGUUUCUGUCUUGAUUACAUCAUCUGAUAUUAAAAUUAGAUAAGUCUA